AUGGAGGAUCGGUCUGCCGGCUCCUCUGAGCCCGACAGCCCCGGAGCUCUGAACCGAGGCUGCCUGCACCACGACCUGUCCGUCUUAGUGCCCGAAACCCCCAGCCCGCUGCUCGGCAAACGGAGGAGACGCAGUCGCUUCACAGACGCACAUUUCAGUCCUGUGGCUCUCCGGAUCUUCCUGACCUUCCUCAUAAAUCCAAACGCAGACGUCUGGCUGCGGCGAUGGAGCAGAGCGCCGGCUUCUUUCCUGCUUCGUCUCUCAGAACGCUUCCUCGGGUCAGCUGGCUGGAGUCCUCGCUGUCCACUGCUUCCUCCUCUUCCUCCUCUUCCUCCUCCUCUUCCCUCCUCCUACUUCACCCCAGUAUCAGAGACAGGCGGAGAGGGUGUGCACAGUCCUGAAUGUCUCGGCGUCCGGUUGAAGAAGCGUCUGGAUGCAGCGGCGCCUCCUUCCUCCUCCUCCUCUUCCUCGUCUGCAUCUCUGUCCUUCCUCACUGCCGAGGAGAAGCAGUGGCUGAACGGAGAGCCGGGUAACUCCUCCACAGCUCCACUGCAGAUCGUGAUCAGUGACGAUGACGAGGUGGUGCGCUCGGCUCAGCAGGAGGAAGACGAGGCGUUCGCUCGCAGUCUGCAGGCUCAGUUUGACCGGGAGGAGACCCACAGCAGACCCCAUGACCACCACCACCACCACCACCAUCCUCAUCAUCAUCUUCAUCAUCAGAGGCAUCACGGGUAUGACCCCUACAUGGAGCCCAGCUGGAUGCCUCACCUCCUCGCUGCCGUCUCCCCAUUGGUCGAAAACGAUCUGAUUGGUCAGCGGAACAGAAGGGGGCGGGGCCGGAGGAGGACCGCUGAUGCUGCAGAACAGCUGCAGGGAAACGACUACGAGGCUUUGCUGGCGUUCGAGGAGCAGCAAGGAUCUGUGAUGAAGAACAAGCUGAGUCUCCGGGAGGUGCAGAGGUUUCCCAUCAGGAGCUACUCCUCAGCGAGCGGAGCAGGAAACACCACGUGUCAGAUCUGUUUCUGUGACUACACUGAAGGGGAGGAGCUGAGGAUGCUGCCGUGUUUCCAUGACUACCACGUGAAGUGCAUCGACCGCUGGCUGAAGGAUAACUCCACGUGUCCGAUCUGCAGAGCGAACCUGGCCGACCUCUGACUUCCAGUUGGAAGAAAAACGACUCGUCUUUUUAUUUUAACUUUUUAUUUAAAUCUUUGAUCCUGAAGCAGAAAGCAGACAUUAAAGACGUUUUAAUUUGUUCUGUUUUUAUGUUAAGUCUGAUAAAAAUAAAUCCUAUUUCUACAA